AUGGCGCCGCCAGCACCCUGCCGCUCAUCGCCUCUCCCCCGCCUCCCGGAAGCCACGAAGCAGACCCACCCCUCCGCCGGCCCGCCCAGGCCCAGAUCUGGGCCGAGCGGGCGCCGCCAGACCGCGCCGCCGCGUCGCCCCGCCGCCAACGGCGACGCCGCCGCGUCCAGAAGUCCGCCCCCGCUCACGCUAGGAGCCCCCGCCGCCGCGCUGGACCGCCGCCGCCUAGAAGCACCGCCCGGGGUCUCCCAGUCCGGCGCCGGCGGACACCCGAGAGGGGAAAAGCCAGGGGGCCGCCGCCACCAGCAUCGCCCGGGCCAGGCCCGCAGCGGGCGCCGGUGA